UCCUCUUCUUACGAUGCAAUUGUUUCUAUCUUUAAACGAUCGUGUCCGAAUCCGAAAGUACUUCUAGAAGAAUGUCUGCGAAUGUUGAAACCUGGUGGCACAUUAGUAAUUUACGAAUCGUUCCAACAAGAAGAGAACGUAAACUUAAUUUAUGACGAAAGAGUGUCGAACUUAAAAUUAACUGGUUUCAAAGAGAAAGAUCAAGAAUUUUUCGAUACUAGGAAGCUGAAAGAUCUUUUAGUUAAUGUAUACAGUGAUGUAGAUUCCGUUUGUGAGGUGGUAGCAGAAAAACCAAGAUUCGAGAUCGGAUCUAGCGUGACACUUAAUUUUGGCGAGAAAAAAUCGUCGAAUAUCUGGAAACUGGAUAACACCGUUGACGAUGAACUGAUCGACGAGGAUGACCUUUUGGACGAGAACGAUAUUUUAAAACCCGAAGCGUCUAGUUUAAGGGUGUGCGCUACCACGGGUAAAAGAAAAGCGUGUAAAGACUGUAGCUGCGGCCUGGCGGAGGAACUGAGCGGAAAGGCCGCACCGCAAGAGACACAGAAAUCCUCUUGUGGGAAUUGUUAUCUGGGGGAUGCGUUCCGUUGCGCCAGCUGCCCAUACCUCGGCAUGCCCGCGUUCAAACCCGGGGAGAAAGUGGUUCUACCCGAGAGCCAAUUAAAAACGAAUUAACUCCGAUUAAUUUAAUAAUCACGCGUCAUUACUAUUUUCCAUAUUACACAUCAAAUCGCAAAGGAUGAUCUACUUUAUUUCGUCUCCCCAGAGUGAAAUACGUCGCGUUCAAAACGAGAAAUGUACUUGAAAUUUAUGUAAUAAAAGGAUUUAAAAUA